AUGACGAGGCUGCAGUCCGUAGCUGGCCGCAGCUCCAUCUGCAAGCGCUCGCAUCAGAACGUCAAGCCGCAGUGCAAGAGCGCUCACCCUUUUGAUGUUAUGCCGACCAUCUCACAAGUCAAGCACGAUGGCAGCCGCUGCUAG